AUGGAGAUUCUCGACCUGAACAACUCUACCUUUCUGGUCAAUUUCAGUGAGGAGAAAGACUACCUCAAUGCGCUCACUGGCGGGCCUUGGGUGAUCUUAGAUCACUACUUAGUUGUCCAUCAAUGGUCACACACCUUCCGCACAUCAGAUAAACCCCAUCGAUCGGUGGUAGCUUGGGUCCAGUUACCAGAGCUUCCGAUCCAUUUCUACCAUAGGGAGGUACUCUUCGCGUUGGGAAAUCUGUUGGGAAGAACGGUCAAGCUCGAUUAUCAUACAGAGCAUAUGGAGCGAGGCAAGUUUGCUCGGAUUGCCGUUGAACUGGACAUGAACAAGCCCUUGAAAACUCGCAUUCGGCUCGAUGGCUUUUGGCAACAGGUGGUGUAUGAGAAUCUACCGGAGAUUUGCUUCGAAUGCGGCCACAUCGGACAUACUGAAUCGACUUGCCCCACGCUGAUAAGGCCGCCGACGGCUGAGCCACAAAUUCAACUGAUUAAUCAGGAGUCGCCGCCGGAAAACUCGUCGGCUGAACCGCCGGCAGGCUACGGUCCUUGGAUGCAGGUGGAGAGGAAAUCUCGCAAACAAACAAGGAAAGGCCCGAACAAUCAAGGCGCCUCUCAAAGGCAAUCUAACGGGCAAAAGCGGGGGUCAAGGUAA